AUGCAGUGCACUGCCAUGAGAGCCAGAGCCUCCUUUUUCCCCUGUGUACACUCUCCCACCUCUACUCAGUUCAGCAUUGAAUCAGUGCCACCCCGUGUUGCUGAAGGGGGAAGUGUUCUUCUACUUGUUCACAAUCUCCCAAGCAAUCUUCGAAUGCUUUUCUGGUACAAAGGGGUGGUUGUGUUCAAGAACCAAGUGGUUUCUCGGUAUGUAAUAGCCAUGAAUUCAAGUUUUGAGGGACAUUCACACAGCGGUAGAGAGACAUUGUACAGCAAUGGAUCCCUGCUGAUCCACAAUGUCACUUGGAAUGACACUGGGAUCUACACCCUGCACACUGUGAGCACAGAUCUGAAAGCUCAAGUGAGGCAUGUGCAACUCCAUGUGGGUGCCUCCUUUUUGCCCUGUGGACACUCUCCCUCCUCUACUCAGUUCAGCAUUGAAUCGGUGCCACCCAGUGUUGCUGAAGGAGGAAGUGUUCUUCUACUUGUUCACAAUCUCCCAAGGAAUCUUCAAAUGCUUUUCUGGUACAAAGGGGUGGUUGUGUUCAAGAGCCAAGGGGUUUCUCAGUAUAUAAUAGCCAAUAAUUCAUGUAUGGAGGGACCUGCACACAGCGGUAGAGAGACAUUGUACAGCAAUGGAUCCCUGCUGAUCCACACUGUCACCAAGAUUGACACUGGAUUCUACACCCUGCACACCCUGGACACAGAUCUGAAAGAGCAAGUGAGGCAUGUGCAACUCCAUGUGGAUGCCUCGCUUUCCACUUGCUGUAACCCUCUCACCUCUGCCCCACUUGUGAUCAAUCAAGUGCCACAGAAUGUUGAUAAAGGGGAAAGCGUUCUUCUCCAGGUUCAUAAUCUGCCACAAGAUCUGCAUGCAUUUUCUUGGUACAAAUCUGCAUAUAGAAGCCCGCUUUUAAAAAUUGUACUAUACACCUCAUCCAUGAAUUCCAUCAUGAGAGGCCCUGCACAAAGCAGAGGAAUGACAGUGUACGCCAACAGAUCCCUGCUAUUCCAGAAUGUGACUGAGAACGAUGCAGGAUUCUACACACUAGAAAUUGUAAACAGAGGGUUCAAAGUUACAACAACACAUGCACAACUUCAUAUAAACUGCAUUCACCCUUCCACUACUGGUCAGCUCAUUAUCGAACCGGUGCCUCUCAACGUUGUUGAUGGGAGCAACGCUCUCCUGCUUGUUCAUAAUAUGCCAGAGAAACUUCAAUCUUUUUACUGGUACAAAGGAGAAACCAUUCUAAAAAAAAAUUUACUUUCACGGCAUGAAGUAAUCAUGAAUACAAUUAUGCUGGGCCGUGCAUAUGACGGUAGAGAAGUGUACCCCAAUGGGUCGCUGCUACUGCGCAAUGUCACCCAGGACGAUCCUGAAUUCUACACCCUAAUAACUUUAAAUACACAGUCAUACAUUCAGGAGACACACGCACAGCUCCACAUAUACAGGCCUGUGACACAGCCCUUUAUUGGGAUCAACAACACCACAGUCAGAGUACAUAGCUCUGUCAUCCUCACUUGUGUCUCACCCGAUACUGGAAUCUCCAUCCAGUGGUUCUUCAAUGAGCAGAAUCUUCAGCUCACAGAGAGGAUGACGCUGUCCCCUACAAAGUGCCAGCUCACCAUAGAUCCUGUGAGGAUGGAGGAUGCUGGCAAGUAUCAGUGUGAGGCCUCCAACCCAGUCAGUUUUAUGACCAGUUUCCGAGUCACCCUGGAUGUUGUGAAUGAGUGA